AUGGUCUCAUCUUCAUCUCUCUUUAAAUUCAUUGCUCUUAUUGCUCUUAUUGCUGUUCAAGCUGUCUUGGCUGCUCCAUCUGCCUCUGCUCCUAGUGCAAGCACCGUUAAGUCUCAAGCUUUGGCUGCUCAUAACAAAUACAGAGCCAAGCAUCAUGUUCCCCAGCUCAAGUGGAGCGUCAAGCUCGCUGAACAUGCUAGAACUGUUACUACCUCUUGUGUUUGGGGCCACAAUGUCAUGAGAGGCACUGGCCAAAACAUUGCCUAUGGUUACCCCUCCAUGAAGGCUGUUGUCGAUGCUUGGUACAACGAAGUCUCUGAUUACGACUAUGCCAGUGGUCAAUCUUUGGGCGGCAAAGUUACUGGCCAUUUCACUCAAGUCGUUUGGAAGGGAACCACUGAGGUUGGCUGUGCUGCCACUUACUGCUCAAAUUUGAGAGCUACCUACUAUGUCUGUGAUUACAGCCCUCCUGGAAACUACUAUGGUGAAUAUACCAAGAACGUUUUCAAGCCAUAG